GCCGUUUGGACGUAAAUGGAAACGCAUUCACGUGUUUAUGGAACGUGACGAUGUGAUUCUGAAUACAACAUAUGGCGUGCAGAUCUCGUGCUAUUACCGACGCGACGUGUGCCGUAUCGAUCUGAUGGAAAACCAUUUUUCUAACUCUUGGGGGUUAUUGGGCACAAACGACGGAGAACCCGGGUCGGACUUUCAGCUUCCCAGUAAAUAUAUCACCUCUGUUGUCAACACCUUCAUCCAGAGCUACGCUGUCGGCGGUCCGCCUCGGUGCAUUUCUCCAGAGUCCAAGCAUCACGCAAGGGUAGACGAAUCACUAUAUCCUCAUCCUCCGGCCAACGCACAGACACUAUGUAGUGCAGAAAUGGCUGAUGAAUGCAAUAGACAGUUUAAGAGGGCAAUACAGUCUACAUGUCAUUCUACCAUAUCACACCGGCAGUUCUUGGAGAACUGUCUGUCCGAAGCCAGAAGCUGCGGUCUUGUUGCAUUUGACGCUUGCAAACACAUCCGUGCAUACGAAUAUGUCUGCCAUUUGAGAUUCAAUUAUGACUCAAUAGCUGUUAACUGUAUCAAAGACACUAAACGAGAAAACGAUGAGGGCAGUCGGCGGCCAGUAGAUGUCGUGUUGGUCGUAUCUGAUGUUUUGGAGUCCUUACGAACUGACAUUGAGGCCCAUGUGGAGACUUUACUGAACAUUGUAAAGUAUAAUAUACGUAACGUACAAUUGGGAAUUAUCGGGUACGGAGGAGAUACACAAAUGUUUGAUGCACUAGACCCGACGGUCUCCACAAGGUACAUGGUAUCUUUGGAUACGUUGGAUGUUGUUGCGACUAAUUCCGCAUGGAGAGGAGCGUGGAAGCGGUUUCCAAAUUUUGUUACAAUGAAUGACGCAUUGGAUAUGGCCGCAAGUUAUCCUUACCGGAUGAACACUCAGAGAGUGGUCAUCGUAUUAUCCAGAGAGAAUCCAAAUAUUACUGAUGAUGUAAGAACAAAAUAUGAGAAUUUGAAUAUAAUAGUCAAUUCGUUUGGGGAUUACAAGACCGUGGAUGCCUCUAACAAAGUCAAUGGCAUAAACUGGGACGGUUCGGUCAUAUACAGGAAUUGGUUGUCGACGUAUCGCAUAAUGCCCCUUCCGGAGGGAAGCCUUGUACAGCUAGUGGUAGCUACUAAGGGAGCGGUCUUCAAUGCUGACUCGGUCACCGAACGUCGCGAAAAGAGAUUGCGACAUAUCGUCAGGCACAUCAAAAAACAAAUCAAGCUAAAUAACUUCUGCUGACAUGACGGUGUAACUCGUCGGUUUAGGUCGCAGCCGAUUUGCGAGUCUGCAAUUUAAUCGUCAUUUAUGUUCUCUUUUAAAACGCUAACAGCAUCUGUUAACACACAUUUGAAAAUGAUCACUAAGAUAAACCCAAAAAGACGGAAUUAAAAAAAAUAUGAAUACAUUACAUUAUAUGUAAUACUAACGAUAAUUUGGAGUCUAGUUAUUAUAGGAGCAUAUCUCAAGAGUUUGACCGAAUGAAAAAUGCCCCCCUCCCCCAUCCCUACACACACUCGUGGUGGCAUGUUAUCGUGUUAAUCUAACGCAUUUAUAAUCCCAGUACAGUCUAUUUCUUCCUACAAGUAAUUCAUAUACAGAGUAACUUUUCGCUUUCAGAUGAAUUAUCUUCCCUGAUAAUUGUAUUCGUGGUGUAAAUGUCUGUAGAACUCUGCAUUUAAAGAUCAAACAAAACAUUUCUCCGAAGUACUUUUCAAAAAUUCGAAAUUGUCGUUUCGUUAAACAUUAAAUUACAAAGCAAUGGAAAUAUCAUUUAGAUCUUCGAAAUCGUUGGCACGAUUUGAACAUCAUCAGGUAAUGAAGUGAAGUCGUUCAUAUCACUGAAGGAAUCAUGUUAUGGUGGUUAAAUGUUAGUAAAAAUAUUUACAUGACAUACAUUUGUAUAUAUGUGAUUUACAAAUUACAACUAAUGUAGUGUAUUUCAUAUUUCUUUUAAUUUUGUUGCAUAAUGCCCGUAUACAACCAAAUGCAGUGAUAUGUAUGAUAGAUAAUUACGUAUUUGCUAUGUUUUUAAAAUUAUAAAUAAAUAAGUAAUAACAAAAUAAUGUGUAUUGAAUAACGAAUGGUUUAUAUAUUUUUGAUAAAGAAAAGUACAAUUUCUGAAUACAAAUUGUGGUGGAUAAAUAUCAUAUGUGUUUGGCACAUUUUUGAUAAGGAAGGGUAUGAUUGCUAUAACUGGAUAAACCUUAUAUUUAAUAAGGAAAAAUAAUAGUUAUUAAUUAAGAACUCGUCGGUCAAACGUUCGAAAUUAUAGUGAAAGUAAACGCACACCAAAUAGAUCGCAAUCGCUCCUUACUCUUUGGCUAUCCUUUAUAUUCAUGGUAUGAAUAUUAAAUGAUGAUAUGACUUUCCGUAUAACAUAAUGUUUAGGAGCGAAUUACAUAAAGCUGUAUACUAAGUGUGUGGUAAAGGAGAACGUACUGUAUGAAAUAUAGCGUGAAAGAUAAUACUGCAUACCGUGAAAUUGAUGUUGCAGUUACACUGAGUGCGAAUUAUACAUAGUAAUAACAUUUCAAGGGCGAAGUGAACGUUGCGCGAAAAUGGAUUAUCCCAUUUAAAGGCGAAAUUGUCCCGGUAUACAUUAGUUACUGCGUAACGACACAGUGGUACCCGCAUGUCAAUAUAGUAACAAUAUUCAAAUUAAGUGUCAUAAUAAUAUACCAUAAUUUUAGCAUUGGCAAGUGAUUGACUUGAGAUGAGGUAGUGAUAACAACAAUACAAUGUCGCGUUACGUACUGGUAGUCUACCUAUUUUAGUUAAUAAUGUUGUCAUCUCUUCUUUGUUUAAUGUGUUGUCACUAGUUGUAAUUGUUUCAUAAUGAUAUUCAUUGAGAGAGUACAUCAGCCUUUUGAAAAUAUCCUAUCCUCAAUAGGUACAUUAUUUUUUAAAUGUAGAUAAUCAUUUUCUUUAAGUUUGAUUAAAUAUGGUAACUAAGAUUGUGUUUGGAUAAAAGGCCACUGUAUGGAAGGUAUCUGGGUGCAUGGGAACUUACAGAGUGGUUACUUAUU